AACCCCCCCCCCCCCCCAAAAAAAACUCCACCAACUCAGUCGUUCACUGCUUUCUUCUCUUCCUUAGCUUUCUGUGAAAUUUUCAGUCGUCUUCUUUGAGUUUCAUCCGAUCCAAACAUGCCUUACGGGACGCUUGAAGUUGUUCUCGUGGAUGCCAAGGACCUCUACGACACUGCUAGUUUUCUCACCAAAAUGGAUCCUUAUGUCAUUUUCACUGUCAAGACCCAAGAGAAAACAAGCACUGUGGCUCAAGGGGAAGGAACCAACCCGGAAUGGAAUGAAAAUUUUUUAUUUACAGUGACAGAUGAUGUGACCGAACUCCGUUUGAAAAUAAUGGACAAAGACACCUUCACCGCAGAUGAUUUUGUUGGAGAAGCAACCAUUCCUCUAGAGCCACAAUUGUUCACUGAAGGAAGCAUUCCACCAACUUCAUACAAUGUUGUCAGCAAGCACCAGAAGUACCGUGGAGAGAUCACAAUUGGGCUCAAUUUCACUCCUGAUCCUGAGAGAUAUUGAAGCACCUCUGUUUCCCAGAGAAUAUGCUGGUGCGGAGGAGAGCUAUGGUGGAGGGAAACAACAACUAUCUAAGAAUUGGGGAACAGUGUGAUAAUGUAUGAUGUUGAAUUUAGCUACCGGCCUGGUGGUAUUGGCCUAGAAGAAUAAAGAGCUUUAUUAAAUAUUAGACAAUUUGGUUUUGUACUGUGUUUGAAUAAUGGAUCGAUCUAUGUUUGGCUCGA